CGCCGCUGCUGCCACCUCCUCCGCCGCCCCCGGCGCCUCCUCUAUCCUCCAACAACUCGACCGCUCCUCCAACCUCCCCCCCAAGUCCCACCGCAUCGGCCUCUCCCCCUCUCAAUCCCGCCCGAAUCCCUAGAGAUGGAAGUCGAAGUGAAGCUCCGCCUCCCCGACGCCGAAGCUCACCGCCGCGUCACCUCCCUGCUUUUCCCUCACCUGCUCCGCACUGACCGCCAGGAGAACCUCUUCUUCGACGGCGCCGGCGGGGAGCUCUCCUCGCGGCGCGCCGUCCUCCGCCUCCGGUUCUACAACGGCGACUCUCGCUGCAUCGCCUCGCUCAAGGCCAGGGCCGUCCUGGUCGACGGCAUCAGCCGCGUCGAGGAGGACGAGGAGGAGCUGGACCCGGUGAAAUGUCGGGAGUGCGUCGCUGAUCCGGGGAAGAUGGGAUCGAUGGACUCUAGGGUUUUGAGGAGAUGCAGAGAGGAAUUUGGGGUGGGGGAGUUCGUGGGGCUGGGAGGGUUUGGGAAUGUGAGGGAUGUGCAUGAGUGGAAAGGGUUGACGCUGGAGGUCGACGAGACAAAGUACGAGUUUGGGACAUGUUAUGAGAUCGAGUGCGAGAGUAGUGAUCCUGAGGCCGUGAAGAAGGUGAUUGAAGAGUUCCUGAAGGACAAUGGGAUUGACUAUAAGUAUUCGGAAAAGUCCAAGUUUGCGACUUUUCGGUCCGGGAAGUUGCCAGAGUAGUCGUUAUGGACAGGCAGCGGACGACCUUUAUCACUGCGAAUGUCCCUUUUUUCGUGGCCAUCGGCUCAAGUAUUCAUAUCAACGAGUAAAUAAUUUGAAGUCUGACGAACGUGGUGAACUUGCAAUUGGAUGAGUUGCAUUCUACUCCAACUACUCGCAUAUUUGUUAAGUGCUUGGAGCACUGUAUCUCAUCAGUAUUUUUCCCCGGGACCAAGUAGUUAGUGAAAUCUAUGAACUACAAUAAUACAUAUGGAGGAUUUCAUCUAUCUGCAAGAACCAAAAUUUGUAGUCAGAUUGUGUUUUCUAGCUCAUCAUCCAGAGUGGUUCGGGAACUUUGAUGAUGUGUUCAUUUUCAGCUUUGUUUUUC